AUGAAGUGCACCUCUACUGCCAUUACCCUCUUGGCCGCAGCUGCAGUUGGCGUCCAGGCAGCCAACAUCCAACUUGUUGGCAAGGUCAUGAAUAGUGCUGCCAAGGAGGGCUUCGAAAAGAGUAGAACCCUCGUUUAUGCUGGUGGCAAGACCAAGCGUGAUGCACCCAAGGUUUAUGAGCCAGAUCCCGACCGGGACUACACCCUCGAAGACGGUUACAUCUUUGUCCUUCAGUGUACCACUGUUGGAUUUAGGCCUGAGUGCAUUUCGUUUGGCUCUGAGCCUGGAAAGUGCGUCUCCUACUUCGACUUUGAUCCUAAGAAGGGCGAUGAUCCGACCUCUAUCUCGGAUGCAUUCAACCACAAUGUCACUUCAAUUUCCACCAACACUGGUGGCGCAUGCCAGUUCUACCAGUAA